GUACAUUUUACACACAACAGCUUACCCCAACUGAAAGUAAAGGAGAGCAGAGGCUGAGAUAACUUGGACACAAUGAAGACUGAAAUACUACUAUUUAUUCUGGGAGCGCACUUGCCCGUGUUGACAGCUCUUUUUGUGGUCACGGCUCCCAAAUCAUCCUACACUGCAUCCUACGGGAAUAACGUCAUGGUGGAAUGUAGAUUUCCAGUAGCCCCCAAUUUCAACGCCAACCAGCUAAAGGUUUACUGGCACCAUAUCCUGGAUGAUGGUUCCUCGCAGGAAGUUUACAAAUUGUUCAACGGGAAGGAAGUUCUUCAAGAUCAGCUGCCUGAAUACAGAGAGAGGGCCUUCUUGUUGUGGGAUGAGCUGCACAGUGGACGUGCAGUGCUAAAGAUUUCCCAAGUCAGAGUCUCCGACGCAGGAACCUACCGCUGUCUCAUUGACCUGAAUGGAGUGGAUUAUAAAGAGACUGCACUGAAAGUCAUAGCUUCGUAUGAAGACAUACAGACUGUCACUACUACAGAAAAGAAAGAGACAGAGUUAAUUUGCCAAUCUGCGGGAUAUCCUUUAGCUACAGUGACCUGGCUCUACAGGAAUGGGUCUGAACUGAACAAGACAGCAAAUACCACCUACUUCAUUGGCACUAAUGGGCUGUAUAACAUCAGAAGUGUACUGAGAGUACAAGCAGAUAUCAAUGAUACGUUUGUGUGCAGGUUUUGGAAUAAAGAACUAAACAAGAAUACAUCGGCUGCUUUACAUAUUGCAGCAACCGAAAAGGAGCGUGAAGAAGCUGAUGAUUUCCCUUCAUCAAUGAGAAGUUACAUCAUCUUAGUAUUAAUUGCUCCUAUGAUGAUUUUUGCUGCACUUCUUUUGCUCCUGUUAAGGACAAUCAAAUCACGACAACUAUCAGAAAAAAGUACUCUGCAACCUCUUCCCUGAAAUAUGAAGACCUUGCUUUUGGGAUAAGAAGCAACCUUCUGAUAUGGCUGUAAAAGGAGAAGUGGUGCAUCGCCUACAGAUACACUACACUUUACAGUCAAUCCUGUGAAGCACUUUGAGACGUUUUGAUGAUAUAAUAAGGCAGAUGCGAAAUCCAAUGCAAGGAUUAUUAUUAUAACUGUACAAGCAAUGCAGUUCAGUGAAACAACCAGUCUGAUAGAAGCUAGAAUGGAUCAUCCACUCUGAGAGAAAUAUAAUACUGUGAAUAUUCUCUUCCACCUCUGUAUGAAAAUCAUUUUCAUUAGUUCUGUAAUGUGUGCCAACAAAAAACAGCAUUUGCCAAUUUACAUCCAGCAUUGGAUAUAUAAUUCAGGUUAGAUCUACUUCCAGAUCUUCAUUGUCCAGUUUGUAGGAGCAAAUUUGGGUGGGUGGGUGAAAGAAAGUCUACUGCACACACACCAGAUUGAGCUGCACUACAGGUCAGAAGUGAUAUGUUACACAUUUUACAGACAGUUGUAUUACUCCCAGAUCUACUUUAUGCUGGAUCAUCAAUGGAGUAUUUUAAUCUCAUGGGGAACAUCACUAAACAUACAAUUCACAAUUAGUAAUAUAUAUUAUAUAUUUGUGCUAGAUAUUUUUACGAAUGGUAUUUUUUAAAUGUAAUAUUUCCACUUCAACAUUUGUACCAAUGGUUUGUAGUUUCAUUUUGUGAAUGAUAUUAUUGUAUGUGAAUAUUUACAAUAAAACAGAUG